AUGGCCGAUCUUGGACUUCCGUCGUGGAAGGACCUGCCACGUGUAGAAGGGCUGCCUCAUGGUUGCGCCUGGGGUUUGUUUGACAAAGACGGUGUCCGGGAUGAAAUUGGCACCUUGAAUCUCCUUACGCCCGAAACGGUGGUUAAAGCCCGAGAUGAGAUACAGACGGGCAAAAGCGUCGUGCUGAAUUGGCCUAUUGACCACGUCCACGAGCCAGGCUUCGGUCGCAUCAAGCCCGCGAUCAACAUCACCGACUGGCGGGCAAAAGGAUCCCCUUGGUAUUCAUAUGAUGAUGAGAUCAGUCUCAACACUCAAUCCGGGAGCCAGUGGGACGGUCUAAGACACUGGGGCCACAGCGGUACGGGCCUGUACUACAAUCGCAUACAUCACGAUGAGGUGCUGAAAACCGAUCGUAUUGGGAUUGACCACUGGAGCAAACGCGGAGGCAUCGUCGGGAGAGGCGUCCUCCUCGACUACGUCGCGUAUGCAGCUCGACACAACAUCCAGUACGACGCCAUGACGCGGCACCGGAUCACACUGGAUGUUCUGAAGGACAUUGCCAAAGAACAGAAUGUGACUUUCCGUCCGGGAGACAUUUUGCUCGUCAGGUCUGGGUGGAUACGGUGGUACAACGAACACAGCGCGGAAGAGAGAGUCGCGAAGGUCAAGAAUGGAUCGGAAUAUGUGGGAGUGGACGGGUCAGAAGAAGUGGUAGAAUGGCUCUGGAACAAUCACUUUGCGGCUGUUGGUGGUGAUGCCAUUGGAUUUGAGGCGUGGCCACCGCAAUUGCCCUGGUGUCUACACGACUAUAUCCUUGCUCUCUGGGGGAUGCCUCUUGGGGAACUAUGGGACUUGGAAGCCUUGGCGAAAGCGUGCGAGACGCACAAGAGAUGGAGCUUUUUCAUUACCAGUUCUCCUCUGAAUACUCCAGGAGGGAUUGCCAGUCCUCCAAACGCGAUAGCGAUAUUUUAG